GGUGAAUGAGGCCUCAGUGAAAAUUCAUCCUCGAUAUUUUGAUAUGAAGUUUUUGCAUACCUAAUAAUAUUAUUAAAAAUUGGAUAAAACAAUGUCCAAAUUUCUUCAGGAAGACGAUAAAAAAGUCGGUGAAAUAAUACUGACGGAGAAAUUGAGUGAGGAUUUCUCAAAUUUAUACCUUAGUCAAAACUAUUCGGAUGUAAUAUUUUUGGUCGAAAAUGAGCGAAUUCCAAGUCACAAAGUCAUCUUAGCAGCUAGAAGUGAAUACUUUCGUGCUAUGCUCUAUGGUGGACUAAGUGAAUCCAAUAAGAAUGAAAUUACGCUCAACAUUCAGAAAGAAGCUUUUAAAAUUUUAUUGAAGUACAUCUAUACGGGAAAGAUUAACUUACAAAAAAUCAUGCCACAGAUGAAUAUUAUCUUAGACACACUUGGACUAUCCAACCUUUUUGGCUAUACAGAAUUGAAAGAUGAAAUAUCGAAUUUUCUGAAAAAUUCCCUAAAACUAUCGAAUGUUUGCAAUAUCCUGGAUUCAUCGAGAUUAUAUGAGCUACAUUCACUUACAAAUAUUUGCUAUACCUUUAUUGACAAAAAUGCUCAAGAGCUUCUUAGUCACGAGUCUUUUAAAUUUCUAUACAAGGAUAGCCUAAUUGCAAUACUUUUACGUGAUAGUUUUUAUGCCGAGGAAAUUCAAAUAUUUAAUGCUGUUCAAGGAUGGAUGGAAUGCAACAAUGAUUUAAGGCCUGAAGAAAUUAACGAAGUUGUUAGCAAAAUAAGACUACCUUUAAUAAGUACAAUGGAUUUAUUGUCUAUCGUUCGUCCAACUGGAAUUUUGGAACCUGAUACAUUAUUAGAUGCAAUCACAGUUAGAGAACAAUCAAAAAUCCAGCGACUUCCUCAUCGCGGACGACUAUGCCUGGAAGAGAAUAUUGCAGUAAGCAAGUAUGGAGCAAAAGUUAUACAAGGCCUUUCAGAUGGAUUUUCUGUUCUCGAAGACGACAGCAAUCAUCCAUAUGACAUGGAAAAAGGAUAUACGAGGCAUGCAAUUACAACAAAAGAUGACAGUAAUGGAAUUGUUAUUCAACUCUCUAAUAUUUUUAUUAUAAAUUGCAUAAAAAUUUUACUAUGGGAUUUGGAUACAAGAUCAUAUUCUUAUGUGAUUGACGUGUCUGUAGAAGAACACAUUUGGGAACGUAUUAUUGAUUAUUCCAAUUAUCAUUGUCGAUCGUGGCAGCAUUUGUAUUUUCCAAAUCGCGCAGUUAAAUAUGUCCGAAUAAAAGGAACGCGUAACACUGUAAAUAAAGUAUUUCAUCUAGUAUCAUUAGAAGCUAUGUAUACCAAUAAUAUGCCAAGUAUUGUCGAUGGAAUCAUUUCCCCUAAAAAUAAUGUGGCGACGGUUGAGCGAUCGGCGACUGUACUAGAAGGUGUAUCGAGAAAUAAAAAUUCAUUGCUAAAUGGAAAUGUGAAGGAUUAUGAUUGGGAUUGUGGAUACACGUGUCAUCAGCUUGGAAGUGGAAAUAUUUUGAUUCAACUAGGCCAACCAUACUUAAUAAGCUCUUUUCGUAUUCUUUUAUGGGAUUGUGAUGAUAGAACGUAUAGUUUUUACAUCGAAACAAGCAUCAAUGAAACUAAUUUUGACUUGGUUGUGGACAAAAGAAAUGAAAGACUUCAGUCUUGGCAAUCCUUUCACUUUGAGCCUAGAAUAAUCUCAUUCAUUCGAAUAGUUGGAACAUUUAAUUCAGCUAACGAAAUUUUUCAUAUUGUUCAUUUUGAGGCCAAUUAAAUAUAUUAACUUUAUAAUUGUACCAACCCUAUGUCAAACUUUAC